UCGUACUAGCGCGAACACCUAGCUAUACACCAUAGAGCGUCAGGCGUAUAUCUACCCUAUGCGUUGAGUGCAUUGAACUCUCUCUGGCGGUCGAAGUGAGCACUAAAAGCGGCCAGUUACCUGUGCACGGAUGGACCCCACUUGUAGGCUUUGAGAAGUCAUCAGCCUUACCACGUCAUCGUAAUCGCUUGACGGCAGAUUGCUCAUGUAUUCGGUACAAUGUAGACCCGAGGUCGGCUGGUUGAACCACUCCCCGGUCUACUGAAUGGGAUUUUCCUCUCAAUACUGCUUGCACAUCAUAAAAGUGAGACUUGUGCCUAUGCCAAGGGAUAAUCUUAUGCAUCCUUCACAUCUGUUAUUGGAGGGCCUUUGAUUGCAUCCUAAAACCAGCCCGCUGUCUUAGCGUGGUUUAGGCGUCCUUUCCCAUCCCUCAGCUGAUUGGAAGGUUUCUGAAUUGGCGCGCGUAGAAGCUGUGGCGGUUUACGAAGUGAAGGCUUCUGGCAUUUUCGAACAUCAGACUGGUGCUCCUUUGCUGACAAUCGUUGUGUAUAGUUACAAAUUACUACUACUACAGUGAGUUCAAAGUAAAUUUGUCGUGAUACGUACUUAUGCAGUAACAGGCCUAACGAAUUUCCGACAAAAAACAAAUGACACAAUUCGAGAAAUAAGUAACGGAUUAGGCGCGGUGCUUCGUUCGAACGAAAAUGGAGGAAGAUUUACGGGCUGUUCUUCGCUGUAAGAAGCAGGAAAAAGCAAUAGCUUUGUUCCAGUCUAGGAAGCAACGUGGAGAAGGUGUCUAUUCAUUUGAACUACGGUGGACCAAUCCGAAAUUUUCUGGCUGUCGAGCUUUUUUGGUCGCGCAGUGGAAGGCACUCUUUAAGCUAAUGAUGGAGCGUGUUCCAGAACAACGCAGGUAUUAUGAAAUGGUACGGGAAGAAGCGGCAUGUAAGCUUUACUUCGAUCUGGAAUUUAAUAAACUCCUCAACCCGGACGUUAACGGAGAUAGUCUAACGGUGAAGUUCGUUGACUUUGUUUGUGCGCAGAUUACGUCACUCACCGGAAUCAAUGUCGCAUACGAAGACGUUCUCAUACUAAAAUCAGAUUCAGAUAGAAAAUACAGUGCACAUCUUAUCGUAAAUGUCGAUGAGAUAUGUUUUAGAAACAACCAGGUUUGCAAGCUGUUUGUAGAUUUUAUUAUGGCAUCCGAACAAUCCCGAAUUUUUUUUGUUAAUACAGAAAAUGAGAAAAAGAUAUUCUUUUGCGAUAUGUCUGUUUACUCGAGGAAUCGAAACUUUCGACUAUACAAGAACACAAAAUAUAAAAAAAAUUCUUUUUUAACAGUCGCCGAAGUUGACCGUUACGUGAAGUCGCACGGUCUUACUAGUGACGAGGAUAUUUUUUAUCAUUCGUUAAUUUGUCUCGAUAGUACCGAGGGCAAACGAAUUCUCUCAGACGAUAUUAUACUCACCGUGAAAAAGACACUUCACCCUAAAGUUCAAUCAAAUGUAUUUGACGAUUUAGCUGCGCUUUUCGGUCAGGUCGCUAUAGAGCCCAACAUUACGGAAAGAGACCGACGAAUGAUUCUUCGAACGCCGACGCCGUUUUGUCGACUGGAUAAGCUCAUGGCAGAAAAGGUUGCUCCGUACGGGGGCCGCGUACAAAAGGUGGUCCACUACCGUAACACUAACGUUCUGUUAUACUCAUUUAUUGGAUACAAUUUUUGCAAAAAUCGUGGCAGAAACCACCGGUCAAAUAAGGUGUACUUCCAUGUUGACCUUACUCUGCCAGGCUACGCGCAAAAGUGCUUCGAUUAUCAGGAUUGCUAUGGUUACAUGUCGGCGUUUGAGCCAAUCCCAAAAAUCGUAGCUGACGAAUCUUUGCAAAUACUGAAAAAACUUGAAAGUGAUACGAAAACGGCUGGCAGUGAAAAAUCGCUCAUUGAAAAUGUAGCAAGUGGGUUUCAACUAGUUGAGUGUGGUACUACUGCAAAAAGUAACGAUGAAAAAUGUCUAGUCGUAGACAUAAAAGGACGGUCUUGACUCACCGAAAAAGGCACCGAACAAUUUAAUAGCAUGACAUAGCAUCGAGCAGUAUCAUUCAUCUUAAAUACAGUUCACGCAGCGCCUUUGGGACAAAUCAAAGGUACAACCACAGCCCAAGGGCCACGAACGAAAGUGACCAGUGUGUAACAAAUCGCUAUUUUCGUACUCGUCGAUUGGAAUCACACCCCAGUUCUUGUGCUGAGAUAAAUCGUUUUUACCACUUAUUCUGUAUUUGUGUGGACAGUUGUGUCCUCGUUUUAUAUGGGACAGUUAGGACCUUUUUUGUGAGCUCAACUCGGAAGUACCCUUAAAAAGAAUUGCUUUAAUAAGGACUAGUGGUUAACCUGAACUUAAGUUUGCCUUGAUAGGAAAAUCGUUUUCGCGUGCUAUAGAAACGCUCGGGAAUGCUUCUGUGGUAUUUUUAGACUAGCCGUGCAUUAGGAGAAAUCAGCCGAUUAACUGAUGCAAAUAAAUUUUAAUAACAACGCAACGUUAAUUUCAAUGCAAAUAACGGCCGCCAAGCGUUAGGAGACAAACCGGUUAGCUAGCUGCAAUUAAUCUAUGGCAGGAAGUGAACUUUUACUUCUAAUGUUUGUACUUAAAAGGAAUAUUCAUUGAAUUAUGCUUCAAUGUGCCAUUUAUAACACAUUAUCCAUAAACCGUUGUGGGAUGUGAUUUUGAAUGGACAUAUUAAAGAACAAAAGGAUCUCUGCUUGUUAAUAAAUAUAUUUUAAGAACCUACUAGCUAUAAAGUUAGCCAGAAUUAAUAGAAAAGGUGGUUGUAAUAAAGUUUAUCUACAUAUUAUGACA